CGGGGCCGGAACGGAAGAGACUGGAAGAAAGGAAGGAAGUGGAAUUAGAAGAAGAAGAAGAAGACGGAAGAAAUUUGUCUCUCUGUUUCUUUCGUCUAUGCUUGCACCAUCGCUCGUUAUGAUUUGAUGAUCAAAACUUCAGCAUACCUGAAAAUGACAGGCGAGAACUAAAGAAAACGCACGAAGUCCCAGAUAUCUUCCUUCCUUCCUUCUUCCUUCCUUCCUUCCUUCACUGUCGAUAGAUGGCUGGGAGAUCUUCUUCUUCUUCUUCAACCAUUGCCAGAUCCAGAUCCCCCGUUCUCCUCUGCACCCUCUCCCUCAUCGGUUUCUCUCUCCUCUUCUUCCUCUUCUCCCUCUCCUCCUCUACCUCCCGCUCCCCUCCCUCUUUCCACUCUGUCCGGGCCCCGGAUACCUCCUUCCUCAUCUCUCUCGAGCACUUCCUCGCCCUCAGGUCCCCUGCUCCCGACGAUACGGUGCGUCCGCUGGCGGAUGACGACGACCGCGUCACCAAGCUCGACGAUUCACUUUUCAGGUCAGAGAGCCAGCGGCUCUACGGAGCCCCCUACUACCCUCUCAACUUUCCGCUCAGGGUUUACGUGUAUGAGAUGCCCCGCAAGUUCACCUAUGAUCUACUCUGGCUCUUCCACGACACUUACAAGCAGACCUCUAAUCUCACCUCCAAUGGCAGCCCCGUCCAUCGUCUUAUCGUGCAGCAUUCCAUAGACUAUUGGCUCUGGGCCGAUCUGAUUGCUCCAGAAUCAGAGAGGCUCUUGAAGAAUGUCGUCAGAGUUCGCCGGCAAGCGGAGGCCGACCUGUUCUACAUCCCCUUCUUCACGACCAUCAGCUUCUUCUUACUGGAGAAGCAACAGUGCAAAGCUCUUUAUAGGGAAGCACUAAAAUGGGUGACGGAUCAGCCUGCGUGGAAGCGAUCUGAAGGGAGAGAUCAUGUACUUCCUGUCCAUCAUCCCUGGUCAUUUAAGUCUGUUCGCAGAUACAUGAAGAAUGCGAUCUGGCUGCUUCCUGAUAUGGAUUCUACAGGGAACUGGUACAAGCCUGGGCAAGUGUCACUGGAGAAAGACCUAAUUCUACCCUAUGUCCCUAAUGUUGAUUUAUGCAAUGCCAGAUGCCUCUCAGAGAGUGAACGUAGGAGGACCACCUUGCUUUUUUUCCGUGGGCGGCUGAAGAGAAAUGCAGGUGGAAAAGUACGGGCUAAGCUAGUAGCUGAACUCAGUGGUGUAUCAGAUGUAGUUAUAGAAGAGGGAACGGCUGGUGACGCAGGGAAAGCAGCAGCUCAGGAUGGGAUGCGAAAGUCCAUUUUCUGCUUGAGUCCAGCUGGUGACACUCCAUCAUCUGCUAGACUGUUUGAUGCUAUUGUCAGUGGGUGCAUCCCUGUUAUAGUUAGUGACGAAUUGGAGCUUCCUUUUGAAGGGAUACUUGAUUAUAGAAAGAUAGCUUUAUUUGUUUCUUCAAGUGAUGCUAUUCAACCUGGUUGGCUUUUAACGUUUCUGAGAAAUGUUAGCCCGGCUCAAAUCAGAGAGAUGAGAAGCAAUCUUGCCAAGUAUUCUCAUCAUUUCAUCUAUUCAAAUCCAGCCCAGCCUUUGGGUCCUGAAGACUUGGUUUGGAGAAUGGUUUGUUGCUCUCUUCUUCUAUGGCUGGUAAGGUGGUGACCAUCAAGCUCCAUACGAGGAGAUCACAGCGGGUAGUGAAAGAGUCUAGAAGUAUCUGCACCUGCGACUGUAAGCGGGCCAACUCAACAGGCUAAGUUCCCCAGGCCCAUCUUUUUGUCUCCCUAUUUGCCCAAAGUACCUUUUCCCCCUGGUCCCCAUUGUUUUCAAGCUCGUCUGCUGAUUCAUAUUCACUGGACUGAUGAGAUAUACUAUUCGAACGAUUAUCUUGAUCUUGAGAUGAUUAUCUUGAUCUUUGACUGCUCUAGACUCAUCGAAACUAAUGUACACGAUAGAAAGUCAAUUCCAAUACGGCAGUGGCAAUGAACAAUGGAAUUGGUCUAUUGUGGCAGUGGAGUGUGAAACAAUAUCGCAGCUGGAGUUGUCGUGAUGGUAAGUUCAGGUGGUCAGCCUUUGAGCUGGUCUAACUUCAGACUCUGUACGGGGGCAGUUUGAUUACUUCUGUUCGCACCUUAUUUUUUAUACCCUUUCUUUUCAAAUAUAAUAUAUAUAUAUAUAUAUAUAUAUAUGCGCGCCCGCUCUCUUCUCUGGCAAUUGUAGUCCACGUUAGAAAUGGGGGCUCAGCUCUGUGUAAAAUGUGAGGUGCAUGUUCAACUAU